AUGGAAAGCUUACCUUUAGAAAUCACAGAAAACAUACUUUCUCGCUUGCCUAUUGCCUUAAAAUCACAAUCCAGAGAAGUAUGCAAAACAUGGCGAACUUUGAUACCUAAACCCAAGAGGGGUUUACUUUAUGGGAUUUCGCACCGCGAGGAAACCAAACUGGAAGCACAAUUCUACUUCUCAGAACAAAAUACUGAUAAGGUUGAUGAUAACUACGUAGGAACACUUGCAAAGUUAGACCACGCGAUAAACUUUAACUUUUUUCAGCAGCCUGCUCAAGUCCAAGACAUUUGGACCUUGCCAUCAUCAUCCUUCGAAACUUUCAUGGUUGGUUCAUGUCAUGGAUUAGUUUGUUAUGCGGCUUAUGCUAGUUACACAAACCAAAGUGAAAGAAUAACAGUCUACAUUUGCAAUCCUUUCACUGGAGAGAAAAUUCAACUUCCGACUGCUUACAGUCGGGUCACUUCCGCAGAAAAGGCGAUUGGAUUUGGUUAUAAUCAUUCAAGGAACGGGUACAAGGUUGUUAGGAUUCUUCUGGAUGCAAAUUAUCACCAGGAUGGAACCAUUAAGGUGUAUACCCUCCAGGGUGAUACUGCUUGGAGAAAGCAAAUCACUAUCAACUACUACUGUGAAACAUUCUUUAAACCCCACUUAGGUCGUGGUAAACCAACACCAUCAGUGGGUGUUUUUGCAGGUGGAGCUCUUAACUGGAUAGGUACAUCUAACACUGUAAUAUUAUCUUUUGAUUUGGAACAUGAGACGUUAAAUUUGCUUCCAUCAUCAAUCUUAUGGUGUUUCUAA